GGUGACAGAUAAAGGCUCUCCCCAUCAGGGACUGCAGGGAAGGAGCCAGCCCCGUGGUUGCAGUGGCCUGUUGCUCAGAAGGGCUGUUGUAGCUGUGCCAUGCCUAGGUACACGGUCCACGUGCGCGGGGAAUGGCUGGCCGUGCCCUGCCAGGAUGGGAAGCUCACCGUGGGCUGGCUCGGCCGCGAGGCGGUGCGGCGCUACAUGAAGAAUAAACCGGACAACGGGGGCUUCACUUCGGUGGAUGAAGUGCAUUUCCUUGUGCGCCGCUGCAAGGGCCUGGGCCUGCUGGACAAUGAGGACCUGCUGGAUGUAGCACUGGAGGACAAUGAGUUCGUGGAAGUGGUCAUUGAAGGCGAUAUAAUGUCUCCCGACUUCAUUCCCUCACAGCCAGAAGGCGUUUUCCUAUACAGCAAAUACAAGGAGCCUGAAAAGUACAUCUCCUUAGAUGGGGACAGUCUGAGCACCGAGGAUCUGGUCAACCUGGGAAAGGGACUUUACAAGAUAAAGCUCACGUCAAUCGCCGAGAAGAAAGUACAGCAAUCCAGGGAGGUCAUAGACAGCAUCAUAAAAGAACAAACAGUUGUUUACGGCAUCACCACAGGUUUUGGGAAAUUUGCCAGAACUGUAAUCCCUGUCAAUAAGCUACAGGAGCUUCAGGUCAACUUAGUUCGUUCUCAUUCUUCAGGUGUCGGGAAACCUCUCAGUCCUGAGAAGUGCCGGAUGCUCCUGGCUUUGAGGAUCAAUGUCUUAGCCAAAGGGUACAGUGGGAUUUCCUUGGAGACCCUGAAACAAGUUAUUGAAAUCUUUAAUGCCUCCUGCCUAUCCUAUGUUCCAGAGAAAGGAACCGUUGGUGCCAGUGGAGACCUUGCUCCACUCUCUCAUCUUGCUCUGGGACUCAUUGGAGAAGGAAAGAUGUGGUCCCCAAAGAGUGGCUGGGCUGAUGCUAAAUAUGUCCUAGAAGCCCACGGACUGAAACCAGUUGUUCUGAAACCCAAAGAGGGCCUGGCACUCAUCAACGGGACACAGAUGAUCACUUCCCUGGGCUGUGAAGCUGUGGAGAGAGCCAAUGCCAUUGCCCGGCAAGCUGACAUUGUGGCUGCCUUGACCCUUGAGGUGCUGAAGGGCACCACCAAAGCCUUUGAUACUGACAUUCAUGCUGUCCGCCCUCACCGGGGACAAAUUGAAGUUGCUUUUCGGUUCCGGUCACUCUUGGACUCGGAUCACCACCCGUCAGAAAUCGCAGAAAGCCACAGGUUCUGCGAUCGAGUUCAGGAUGCGUACACCUUACGCUGCUGUCCACAGGUUCAUGGUGUGGUGAACGAUACGAUAGCAUUUGUGAAGGGCAUCAUUACUACAGAACUGAACAGCGCCACAGACAAUCCUAUGGUCUUUGCCAGUCGAGGCGAGACAAUUUCGGGAGGAAACUUCCAUGGUGAAUACCCAGCCAAGGCCCUGGACUAUUUGGCUAUCGGCGUUCAUGAACUUGCAGCAAUUAGUGAAAGAAGAAUCGAAAGGUUGUGCAACCCCUCCCUCAGCGAGCUGCCUGCCUUCCUGGUGGCCGAAGGAGGCCUGAACUCUGGGUUCAUGAUAGCCCACUGCACCGCGGCCGCCCUGGUUUCGGAGAGCAAGGCUCUGUGCCACCCUUCAUCUGUGGACUCACUCUCUACCAGUGCUGCCACGGAGGACCACGUCUCCAUGGGAGGGUGGGCAGCCAGGAAGGCCCUCAGGGUCGUCGAGCAUGUGGAACAAGUGCUGGCCAUUGAGCUUCUUGCUGCCUGCCAGGGCAUAGAGUUUCUACGCCCCCUGAAGACAACCACCCCGCUAGAGAAGGUGUACGACCUGGUGCGCUCUGUGGCAAGGCCCUGGAUAAAAGACCGCUUCAUGGCCCCAGACAUCGAGGCAGCACACAGGCUGCUGCUGGAGCAAAAGGUUUGGGAAGUUGCUUCACCGUACAUCGAGAAAUACAGAAUGGAGCACAUUCCAGAAUCCAGACCGCUUUCCCCAACGGCGUUUUCACUAGAAUCCCUGCGAAAGAAUUCAACCACGAUCCCUGAGUCUGACGAUCUUUAACAGGCUUCCUCAGGGACAGGCACAUCAGAGGAGCAUGAGCAGAGCACAGCAGUGGGGUGCUGAAGGAGAGGCCUAGGAACCUCCCGGCAUCUGUAGAACUUUUCAAACUUGCUCUGCUUAGGCCUGGGGCAGCAAUGCAAUCAUAGAACCCAGAGCUCUGUUCUUGUUGCCAUGGUUUGAGGGGUACCAGGUGCCUUCUGGUUGGGGAGUUUUCUUAAUAUAAAGAGGCUACUUACCUACUCUUAAAAACAGUCAUAGUUUCAUAGGUCUGUUUUUAGUCUUAGUAUUAGGAGAGUCAGUUCAGAACAUUUUUCUGAAAAACAAAACAAAACAAAACAAAAAACAAACCAAAACAAAACAAAAUAAAACACAUUAGAUUUUUGUGAACUUUUAAAAGGAAAAAAAAUUGUCUUGGGAAAUUCUCUAGUUGGCUGAUUGUACUAUACCAUAAUCUGACAAGUAUGUUUUGAGUCAGACUGUUCUUAAGCCUCUCCUCCUUCUGCUAAUUGAGUCAUAGAAAAGCCUUAAGCAAGGGGAACUAGUUCAGGGGGUGCAUAAACACGAAGAUCCAAAUUUAGUUCAGUUCUCCAGCAUCGGGGUAAAAAAGCCAAGCAUGGUGGUGAGCCCCUGAGCGCCAGCGCUGGGGGACAGAAACAGCUCCUGGGGAUUCACUGUUCAGACAGUCUAGCAAAAUAGUGAAUUCCAGGUUCAGUAAGAGACCCUGGCUCCCUCCCCACCCCACAAACGUGAUGUUUGGUGGAGAGGUGAUAGAAGAGGACAUUUUAACCCCCACCUUUGGGUUCUACAUGUGCCGGCAUGAGCAAGUCUAUACACAUAGACAUUCAUGUACAUACACAAACACAGACACACACACACACGAGACAUAGGGAGAGAGAGAGGGAGAGGGAGAGAGGGAUGGAGAAAUGAGAAUAAUGAGCAGGCAGGAAGCCAUUAACUACAGAGGUUAUCUAUGUCCUAUUAACUACAGGGGGUUUAAACCAUCCCUCAAAAAUGAAAAGGAGUUAGGGGAUGAGUAUAACGAUUGCCCUUGUCUCAGCCGUGACUUUCCUAUUUCUCUGAUCCCUAUACACAUCUCUGAAACGCUUGGUGAUGUACUCAAGUUGAAGUCUGAAAUCAGUCCUGUCGUUUCCCAUAGCUUAGUAACUUUACUAAGCAGCCUCUCAUUGCACAGAUGAGGCAUGAGGGUGAAGGGAGGGGGCCAACCCACUGCCUGCAGUAGGUAAUCAUUAAAAUGAGCUUUGUUGACACACGUCA